AUGGGAGACAAAUAUUUAAAUUCAAAGAAAAAUAGUUCUGGUUUUAGUUUUUUAAAUAAACCAGUAAAUGAUAAUCCUUUUGUUAGGAAUGAAUCGGCCAAUCCAUUUGGAAAUGGUGCAAUUAAUCAAUCACCUCUAAAUCCUUUCAAAAAAGCUUCACCUUUUAAACAACAACAGCCACAACCAAUACAAAGGCAACAACAACAGCAACAACAACAACAGCAACAGCAACAGCAACCACAACAACAGCAACAACAACAACCAUUUCAACCAUUUCAGUAUCAGUCACCAAAAAAGAUACAAAAUCCAAAUGUACCCAUUUCUUUACCUCAACCUAUAAAUAAUAAUAGCACAACAACAACCACCACAUCAAAUACACCAUACAAAUCGCCACAAACAAUACAACAACAGCAGCAACAACAACAACAAAAUGUAAAUAAUAUAAAAAACACAUCACCUUAUCGACAACAAACAGAACAGCAACAGAGUGUAUAUAAUAAUAAUAAUAAUAAUAAUAAUAAUAAUAAUAAUAAUAAUAAUAAUAAUAAUAAUAAUAAUAAUAAUAAUAAUAAUAAUAAUAAUAACAAUAACAAUAAUAUUAAUAACCCAAUCGAAAUUGAACUUGAUGACUUUGAACUUUCAUUUUCUGAUGACAUUUUAAAUAAAAAUAGUGGUGAAUCCUCUUCUGCUCCUAAGGAUAUGGAAGUAGACUCUUCAAAUAGUAGUAGCAGUGGUACUACCAACGUUAAUAAUAAUAGUAGUAAUAAUAAUAAUAAUAAUAAUAAUAAUAAUAAUAAUAAUAAUAAUAAUAAUAAUAAUAAUAAUAAUAAUAAUAAUAAUAAUAAUAAUAACAAUAAACCAAUAAUUAUUGAAGAUAUGGAUUUUGAUAUCGACUUUGAAUUUGAUAUUGAUACAAAUGUUGAAAUAACAGGAUCAUCAAAUGUAAUAAAUUCUACAGCAGCAAAAACGUCGACAACAACAACAACAACUACUACUACAGCAUCUACCACAAUACCUUCAGCCACGUCUAUACUCAAAAAUUCAACUACAUCAAAUACUUCAACAACAACAACAGCAACAACAAAACCACCAAUAAUAAAUUUAGAUACAAUUUCACCACCAUUACAACAACAACAAAAAUUAAAUGUUACUUUACCAAUACUUAAAACACCGCAAAUUAAUAAACCAUUACAACCAUCAUUACCAACAAAACCACCAAUAAAGAAUAAUACAACAUUACCAACAACAAAUAAAUCACCAACAACAACAACAACAACAACUAAAUUUAUUGAUAAAUUUAAAGGAAUGAAAAGGUAUACAAAAGAUUUACCAGAAGGAUUUGAAAUUUCAAGUGAAAAUCAAGAACCUUAUAGAAAUGAGAAAAUGAUUGGAGAAUUUUUAUAUCCAGAGGAUAAUAUAAGAGAAUAUCAAUUUAAAUUCAUUCAAUCAGCAUUUUUAGAGAAUACAAUGAUUUGUUUACCAACUGGUUUAGGUAAAACCUUUAUAGCUAGUAUUUUAAUGUUAAAUUAUUAUCAUUGGUUUCCGAAAUCGAAAUUGGUAUUCUUGGUUCACACGAAAUCAUUGGUUUCACAACAGAUCGAAGCAUUUCAUAGGGACACUGGUAUACCGAAAUCAGAUUCAAUUCAAUUCACUGGUGACACCACAUCGAAAUUGAAAAGACAGUCAUUGUGGAAUAGCAAAAGAGUGUUCUUUUCAACACCUCAGAUUUUGGCAAACGAUAUCGGUAGUGGUAAUUGCGACCCUCGCUCGAUAUGUUGCAUAGUUAUCGAUGAGGCACAUCGUGCGCAGGGCAAUUACGACUAUUGCGUGGCGAUCAAGUUGAUUCUAAAGGUGAAUAGGUUCUUCAGGGUCUUGGCGCUCACAGCCACACCAGGUUCGAACAAUGCGGCCAUACAAAAGGUGAUCAACAAUUUACUGAUCUCCAAUAUGGAAUUGAGGUCUGAGGAUUCCGCGGAUAUCAAACCGUAUAUUCAUUCAAAGAAAACCGAUGUGUUGUCAAUAGCAUUGAGUGACGACUAUAAAUCGAUCAUUAAAGAUUAUGAAUUUUUCAUUGUUGAUAAAUUAAAAGUUUUGUUUGAGUUUAAUAUACUAAAUCCAACCACCACACCCGAUAGGGUUAGUCAUUCUUUUAUUUUGGAGAAAAUUAAGUCAAUUCAGUUUAGCAAUUCUCCAGUUUACGGAAGUGGUGGUAAUAAAUUUAAAUUGUUAAGAGCUUUGGUUACUUUACAAACACUGUAUCAGGGUUAUGCUUUAUUAAAAGUUCACGGAUUGGAAAGUUUUUAUGAUAAAAUUUCAAAUUUAGAAGAUGCAUCAUCAAAAACAAUUAAAGCUUUCUCAAAGAAUGAAAAUUGGAAACAAUUUAUAAUUAAAAUAAAGAAAUCAAUUGAUAAUGGUUUAGUACAUGAUAAAUUAAUUAAAUUAAAUGAUGUUUUAAUUGAACAUUUUCAAUCCAAUAAUCCAAGAUCUUCAAAAGUUAUGAUAUUUGUACAAUUUAGAAGAUCAGUUCAAGAGAUUAUUGAUUUUAUUAGUAAUAAUAAUAAUGGUGGUGGUGGUGGUGGUAAAUCUUUAAUUAAAGUUAUGCCAUUCUAUGGUCAAUCAGCAACUGAUAAAGGUGUUAAAGGUAUACAUAAGAAAGAACAACAAGCUAUUUUAAAUAGUUUUGUUAAUGGUGAUAUCAAUGUUUUAGUAUCAACUUGUAUUGGUGAAGAAGGUUUGGAUAUUGGUGAAGUGGAUUUGGUUGUAUGUUAUGAUGUUCAACAAUCAUCAUUAAAGAAUACACAACGUACUGGUAGAACUGGUAGAAAACGUGAUGGUAGAUGUAUAUUUUUAAUCACUCAAGGCUAUGAAGAAUAUAUCUAUGAAAAGUCUCAAUCAAAUUUAGAUUCUUUAUCAAAUUUAAAAGAAUCAUCAUUUGUUUUUCAUUAUUCUCCAAAAAUGAUUGACUCAAUACCAUUAGUAAAAUAUAUUAAAAUUAAUGAAAAUAAUAUUUAUUCAAAUGAUGAUAAUGAUAUAGAAUUAAAUGAUGGUGGUGGUGAUUAUUAUGAAGAUGAUGAUAGUUUAUUUGAAAAUAAUAAGAAAUCUACAACAAGUAGAGGAGUAAAGAAUUCAAAAAAUUAUUUAGCAGAUGAUCAAAUUAGGUAUAUGCAAUUAAAUCAUAAUGUUGUAAAUCAUAAAACCAAUUUCAAUUAUAAAGAGAUAUUAUCAAAGAAUAGUCAUUUAAAUUCUAUUUCAACAGAUAUUGAAGAUAUUAAACAUUCUGAUAAAACAAAUAUUUUAAUUUCAAUUUCAAAAUCAAUUGAUGCUAUUAAAUAUUCUUCAGAUUAUACUGAUUUAUCAAAAAUGCCUGACAUUGUUAAAAAAGUAGUUAGUGAAAUGCCAUUAGAUAAUAAUGAUAACGAUAAUGAUGGUAUAGGUUUAGCUUAUGAUGAUUCACCAAGAGAUUAUGGUUAUGAUAGAUAUGAACCAUUUACAACUUCCACUACUACAACAGCAAUAGGGACUUCAAUACCAACUACUGCAACUACUUCAACCACUAUUAACUCUACUUCAUAUUCAACAAGUACAAGUACAAGUACAAAUACAAAUACAAAAACAACACUACCUUCAACUUCAACUAUAAAUAAAAUAUCACCACCACCACAACAAAAACAACCAAUAAUUUCAACAUCUAGUAUCAAUCAAUCAAUGAAAACUAAUCCAAUAAUUAUUUCAAAUAAUACUGUAUUAUCAAAUUUAAAUAAUUCUUUGGGAAAUAAUUUUAUUCCGUUUGUUAGAAAAGUAAAACAACCUGAACAUAAGAAAGUAUACGAGAUUCCAAAUUUACCUCCUGAUGAAGAGUUGAUAUUUGAUUUUUCAAAAAUUUUAUUAAGGGAGAAUAAUGAAAAUGAAAAAAUCAUUACAACUAAUGAUUAUAUCAAUACUCAAAAUCAACCACAACCACAACAACCAACACCAACACCAACACCACCACCUCCAUCAACGCCAAAUCUAACCCCUAUCAAAAAAACCAUUUCACCAACACCAACACCAACACCACAAAUUUCAAAACCAUUUCCAUUAUCACCAACACCACCAACACCAACACCCCCUCCCCCAAUAGUUUCAAAUCCAUUGCCAUCUUUUCAACAAAAACAACAACAACAACAACAACAAAUUUACAUAUCACCAACACCAACACCCCCUCCCCCACAAAUUUCAAAACCACUACCAUUGUCACCAGUUUCAAAACCACUACCAUUAUCACCAGUUUCAAAACCAAUCUCAAUUCAAUUAACACCUAUUCAACCACCUCAAAAAACAACACCUACAACACCCGAUUUAACACCAGUUAAAAGAAGAAAACCUAAAAAUCUUUUUGAUAAAUUUGAUGACAAUGAUGAAGGAGAUGAUGCAGUCAUUUUCGAAAAUAAUAAUCUUAAUAAUAUUAUCAAUCUCAAAAAUAAUAAUAAUAAUAAUAAUAAUAAUAAUAAUAAUAAUAAUAAUAAUAAUAAUAAUAAUAAUAAUAAUAAUAAUAAUAAUACAAUAGUUUUAGAAAAAGUUGAUAAAAAAUCUAUUUUUAAUUUAGACGAUAUUGAUAAUAAUUUAUUUACAUUUGGUUUAACUCAACAACAAACUCAACAACAAUUUCAAAAGAAAAAUAGAGAUAGAUAUAGAUUUGGAGAUAGAGACAAAAAUAUAGAUUCGUAUGGUAAUGAUAAAUUUUUUGAAGAUUCUGAAGCUGAGGAAGAUUCAGAAAUCGAAAGAAGAAAUAGUCAAGACGAUGAUGAUGAUGAUGAUGAAGAAGAAGAUGGAAUUGGUGAAAAUAAAUAUGAUUUACAUGAUUCAUUCAUUAAUGAUGGUGAUGAAUCAGCCGAAAAUUCAUUAAGUUCUCAAAGUACUACUCCAACUAAAAAGAAAAAGAAGAAUAAAAGAAAAAGAAAAUCAAAUAAUUUUAUAUAUGCACAAUCAUUAUUAAGUCAAAAUUCACUAGGUUUUAAUGGUGGCAGUAAAAGAAAAGGUGGAUUAUUAAGUGUAAUUGAAAAGUUUGAAAAAAUUGGCCAACAUGAAGAAGAAUUUAUCGAUGAAAAUGAUUAUACAGGUAGUGAAGAUUAUGAUGAUGAAAAUGAAAAUGAAAAUGAUUAUGAGUCUGGUAGUGAUUCAAUCGAAGAAAUUGAUAAAAGUAUAAAUAGUAGUGAAGAAAAAAGACAAAAAAAAUAUCAUCAUCAUAAUAAUAACAAUAAUAAUCCAAAACUAUCGUCAAUCCAUUCAAAACCAAUUAUAGAUUCACCAAAGUCAAAUAAUAGCAACAACAAUAAUAGUAAUUCUAAAAAUAGAAAAGAUUUUUCCAAUCAUGAUUUAUUUUCUCUUUAA